AUGAAGAUUUACUUCCAGACGGUCGAUGUCGUGCAUUCAGAAGACUGGAGGAUGAACCCUUCAGGGCGAGGUACUCGCCGUCUGCGAAGUGAAGCUCGUUCGAGGUCGAAAUCAGACUGUGGCGGUUCUUCACCAACGUCAUCAAAUGGCCGUGAAGUAACAGACAGUCAGGCCUGGGACCGCGAGGUGCUUGUCCAGGUAUCUUCACUACAACAGACAAACUUCCACGCGGUGAAGCUACUACCGCGGCACCGCGACCCAUCAGAGUGGCACAUCUCGGUGAGAUCUAGCGGCAAAGACGGUGAGGAUGAGGAGACCAUCAUCGUGGACGACUCGAUGCAGAACAAGUUCAACAUCAGGUGCAACGCUCUGGUCUACGAUCACGAGCACGAAGACUUGAUCUUCAUGUUGAACAUGUCACCGACGACGGUCGCCUGCAUGGUGAAAAGGGGAUGA